AUUUAAAAUAUUAAAAAGCAAAUAGGUCCUGUAGCUGAAGACAUGUUUCAUUGGCAAGCAACAAUUAUGGGCCCCACUGACAGCCCAUAUGCAGGAGGUGUAUUCCUAGUCACCAUUCAUUUUCCUCCUGAUUAUCCUUUCAAGCCCCCUAAGGUUGCAUUUAGGACCAAGGUCUUCCACCCUAACAUCAACAGCAAUGGAAGCAUUUGUCUUGAUAUCCUAAAAGAACAGUGGAGCCCGGCACUUACCAUUUCUAAGGUUCUGCUCUCUAUCUGUUCAUUGUUGACCGAUCCAAACCCUGAUGACCCACUUGUUCCGGAGAUUGCUCAUAUGUACAAGACUGAUCGGGCCAAGUAUGAAGCCACUGCACGCAGCUGGACCCAGAAGUAUGCCAUGGGUUGAUAUUGGUUAUCACGCCAAUGUAAUGCAUUAACUUUAUGUUUUCUAAACAGAAGGUGGGGAUGUUUUCAUAAGGAACCUAUAUUAUGCUUUCUGUUUGGGGGUUUGGCGGAUAGAAUUAUGUCAAAUGUGUUGUGUUAUGUACUCUUUAGCAUGUUUGAAGCUCUUGUUUCAUUGAAUGUAGAAGUAUUUAUGAUGCAUCACAAAACUGCAC